UCUAAAUGUGAGUAAACAAAGACCUGGGAGCCCUUUUCUCUAUGCAAAGCUGCUUCCCCAGAAGGUGGGUUCAAGCAAGGGAAGAAGGGCUAUAAAGGAAGCUCCAAGGUGUUCGUACCUCAUUUUGAUGCAGCCAUGGCCAUAAGGAGCCUGCUGCAGUACGUGGGCUUUAGCUCACUGCUCUAUUUGGCAGCAGGGCUGGUAGCUCUCGUUUACUUUCUUGCCAGCAGGAAGAGAUCAGUUUGCAAUCUGCCUCCUGGGCCACGACCUCUUCCUCUGAUCGGGAACCUGAAUGUGGUGGACUUGAAAAAGCCGUUCCAGUCGCUGACAGAGCUCUCCAAGAUAUAUGGCAACAUCUUCACUGUGCAUUUUGGACCCAGGAAAGUUGUGGUACUGGCUGGAUACGAAACCGUCAAGGACGCCCUUUUAAAUCAUUCUGAAGAAUUUGGAGAAAGAGCAGAAAUACCUAUAUUUAGGAAAAUAGCACAAGGAAAUGGCCUAGGAUUCAGCCAUGGUGAGAUAUGGAAAACUAUGAGAAGAUUCACCUUGACCACACUGCGAGAUUUUGGAAUGGGAAAAAGAACAAUUGAGAAUAGAAUUCUUGAGGAAGUAACUUCCCUCAUUAAAUAUUUUGAAUCUUAUCAGGGGAAGCCUUUUGAUACAAAGAUGAUACUCAACAGUGCUGUAUCCAACGUCAUCUGCUCUAUAUUGUUUGGAGAGAGGUUUGAAUAUGAUGAUCCGGUAUUUCUAACUUUGCUGAAGCUGUUAAAUGAAAAUACCAAGCUGUUGGGUUCCCCUAUGGUACUGCUUUAUAAUUUCUACCCAUCCCUUGGAUUUCUCUUUGGCGCUCCCAAGACUGUGCAACAAAAUGUCGAUGAGUUGUCUGCUUUUCUCCAGAAGCUCUUUCAGGAGCACAAAGAUGAGCUUAAUGAAAAUAACUUAACAGGCUUUGUUGAUGCCUUUCUUAUGAAGCAACAACAGGAGUCAAAGAAAUCCAACACUUACUUCCACAAUGGCAAUCUGCUCUUUUCAACCUUGGACCUCUUUGCUGCUGGGACUGAGACUACUUCUACAACCGUGCGCUGGGGUCUUCUUCUUAUGAUGAAAUACCCAGAAAUUCAGAGAAAAAUUCAGGAAGAAAUGAAGCACGUCAUUGAACCAGGACAGCUACCUAAGUUGGAGGACCGGAAAAAAAUGCCAUAUACAGAUGCAGUGAUACACGAAAUACAGAGAUUUGCCAAUAUAGUCCCAAUGAGCGUAUCACGAUCAACUCCUACUGAUGUGGAUUUCCAAGGUUAUGUGAUUCCUAAGGGCACAGAGGUUAUUCCAUUGCUGACUUCUGUUCUGAAUGAUGAGCUUCACUGGAAAACCCCUGAUCAGUUUAACCCUUCUCACUUCCUGGAUGCCGCUGGGAACUUCAUUAGGAGAGAGGCAUUUAUUCCAUUUUCCAUAGGACGAAGGGCUUGCCUUGGAGAAGGACUGGCCAAAAUGGAGCUGUUCCUCUUCUUCGCAGGCUUGCUCCGCAAAUUUGUUUUCCAGACCCCUCCGGGAGUGGACAAGUCAGAUCUAGAUCUCACUGCUGAUGUUGGCUUCACCUUGAACCCCAUGCCUCACCUGGUCUGUGCUGUGCCCUACGAAUGAUCCAGCCGAGAGGUGUAGGCAUAGUGGGCACUU